CGCACACACAGCGCUCCCGGCUCUUGUCGUCGCUUACGUUAUUGAACACUUGAAACGGUUUUCGAACAACAACAACAACGCAAUACGUUGCCAGAUAUUACGUGCUACGCGUGUUUACUUACAAAAAGUGAAACAAAGAAACUUUAGCAUAUUGUGUGCUAACGCGACUAUAACUUUAAAAAUUUAGUGUUUGUUUAUUGUCUGUAUAAACAGCGCAGCUAAAAAAUGGGUCGUCUGUUCCAAUACAAUCGCUUUGGCGCCAAUGCAACUGUCAACAAACGCAAAAAGGAUACGAGCAAGCAGACAAAUGAUAAGGCCAAGAUGCUCUGCAAUGCUCUCAACUUUCCCGGCUAUUCAGACAUCUAUGGCGAGUACAAAGGGCCAGGCAAGCAACUGGAUUUGUCCUUUAACAAACUGCAGCCACCAACAACAGCAACAACAGCAGCAACAGCUGAGGAGCCCACACAAAGUCGCAAGCAAAAGGUCUACGACAGCAUGAAAAACUUUUUGCAGCGCAAACUGUUUGCGCAACCCUCGCUCAAGCAGCAAUACGAUGAGCCCACCAGCGACUAUGAUGAGCAGGAUCUACUCGACUCCUCAUACCAUGCGGAUGCGGAGGAUGAUGAGCAGGAGCUGCCAGCCGUUGCAGUUGCAGACAGUCUGGAGACUUCUCCCAAGCGUGCGCAUCACAACAAAUCGCCACAAAAGUCGCUGCUGUCGCUCAACUGCUGGCAGAGCAGUCAGCCCAGCGACUCCAACAGCAGCAGCAGCAGCAGCAGCAGUGAGGCGCAACCCGAGGAGGACGAUUCCGAUGCGGGCAUCUCCGACUGCUGUCAGCUGCUCAGUGAUGAGAAAAGCAACAAGAAGCGCAGCUCGCCGAAAAAACGCUCCACGUCACGCUACAAUGCCAACUCUGAUGAUGACACAGACGAGGAGCCAGAGCUCUUGGGCUGCGGUUGGUAUCAGCCACGCAUAACAGCCAAGGCAGCGCAGGAUCAUCUGCAGCACUCCAAGCCUGGCAGCUUUCUGCUGCGUCGUUGUACGCCGCGCAGCUUUGAGCUCUGCCUAAGACUGGACAGCAAGGUGAAGAGCUAUGCCAUCAGCUACAGUCGCAGCGAGAUGUACAGCCUGAAGGGUGCCAAGAAGCAGUUCAGCACGCUCAAGGCGCUCAUUACGCAUCAUUCGGUCAUGGCGGAGCAGCUGCCGCUGACGCUGGAUAUGCCCAGGGAACGUGAGCUGGUCAAGUCGUCGGCGCUGCGGUAUGCAGAUGACUUUGAGCCGCUGGAGUCGCUGCAACUGCUGGGCAUACUCAAGAGUCUGCAGGCCAAGAGCUUUGAAACAUAGUCUAGCUUAAGAUUUCUGUUGGGGGGCUUUAGUUGGGAGGGGGGCAAUCUUAUUAUCGAACUGCAGGGGGAACGAUAGGUGAAAAUUAAUGUUAGAGUUUGUUCAGUUGCCGUUGGGCCAUGUGAUAUAGUUUACAAACAAUUCGACCCGGCAAGCAACCAGGUUUUUAGUUCUUAGGUGUAUAAAGUACCAAAUUAAUUGUAUUCACUUUUUGUAUUUAUGCUUAAGUUUCUUCUUAUGAAUAAAAUUUUUAA